GAUAAACCCUAAAACUCAGAAUGUUAGACCAUAAACAACAACUCCUAUUCGAAGCUGGGAUUGUAUCACGCCGAAGCCGAAAGCUAUCUCAUGCUUGAUUAGGAAAAAACAUCUUGCAGGUUGCAGUCUAUGCUAAGUUGGAGAACAUUCAAGUUGCCAUAAAUCUCACGCCUUUUUUUUGUUCCCGGUGGGUCUCUGCUUGUGCUGUUUUUUCCUGCCAAACUUGGUGACAGAGCGGCCGAAUCUGAAGAAUCAGCCACAGCCAAAGAGAAAUAGAGAAAAAUGGUGCAGUAUAAUUUCAAGAAGAUAACGGUGGUGCCUUCGGGGAAGGAUUUUGUGGACAUAAUUCUAUCGAGAACACAGCGGCAGACUCCCACGGUGGUGCACAAGGGCUAUGCAAUCUCACGCCUCCGCCAGUUUUAUAUGCGCAAGGUAAAAUUUACUCAACAGAAUUUUCAUGACAAGCUUUCUGCUAUAAUAGAUGAUUUCCCCCGCUUGGAUGAUGUGCACCCAUUUUACGGAGAUCUGUUAAAUGUUUUAUAUGACAAAGAUCACUACAAGUUGGCCCUUGGCCAGAUCAAUACUGCCCGCAAUCUCAUUGCCAAAGUGUGUAAAGAUUAUGUUAGGCUGAUAAAAUAUGGGGAUUCUCUUUACCGCUGCAAAUCUUUGAAGGUUGCUGCACUUGGACGGAUGUGUACCAUUGUUAAGAGAGUUGGGCCGAGUUUGGCUUACCUUGAACAGGUGAGGCAGCAUAUGGCAAGGCUGCCGUCUAUUGACCCCAAUACCAGGACUAUUUUGAUCUGUGGGUACCCUAAUGUGGGCAAGAGUUCUUUUAUAAAUAAGAUUACCAGGGCGGAUGUGGAUGUGCAACCUUAUGCUUUUACUACUAAGUCUCUGUUUGUAGGGCACACUGAUUAUAAGUACUUGAGGUACCAGGUUAUUGAUACCCCUGGUAUUUUGGACCACCCCUUGGAGGACAGGAACACCAUUGAGAUGCUCAGUAUUACUGCCUUGGCUCAUUUGAAGGCGGCUGUUUUGUUUUUCCUUGAUGUUUCGGGGUCCUGUGGUUAUAGCAUUGCGCAACAGGCAGCUCUGUUUCAUAGCAUAAAACCUCUGUUUGCCAAUAAGCCUCUUAUUGUAGUUUGUAAUAAGAUUGAUUUGCAGCCACUGGAGACACUACCGGAGGACGAUGCAAAAUUGGUUGCGGAGAUGAGGUCUGAGGCUGGUAAAAAUAUGGGUGGGUUUUUUGGGAAUCAGGAGGGGGGGGAUGAUGGCGUGCUACUGUCUAUGAGUGCUUUGAAGGAAGAAGGGGUGAUUGCGGUGAAGAAUGCGGCAUGCGAGAGGUUGUUGGACCAGAGGGUGGAGAUAAAGAUGAAGUCAAAGAAGAUCAGUAGUUGUCUCAAUAGGAUUCAUGUUGCAAUGCCCAAGCCACGAGAUGGGAAAGAGAGGCUUCCUUGUAUUCCUCAAGCUGUUUUGGAUACCAGGGCGCGUGCUGCCAAGGAGGCCAGGAAGCUGGAGAAGGAUAUUGAGAAUGAGAAUGGUGGGGCUGGAGUUUACUCUGCAAGCUUGAAGAAGCGGUAUAUUCUGGCAAAUGAAGAAUGGAAAGAAGACGAUGUUCCUGAGAUUAUGGAUGGACACAAUGUUGCAGACUUUAUUGAUCCAGAUAUCUUGCAGAGGCUUGAGGAACUGGAGAGGGAAGAAGGGCUUAGGAUGGCAGCUGAGGGUGAUGAGGAUGAUGAAAUGGAGGAAGUGGAGUUGAAUCCGGAUGAAAAAGAAGCUCUGGCUGCAAUUAGGAAGAAGAAGAAGAUGCUUGUUGUGGAACACCGAUUGAAGAAGAGUACUGCAGAGAGCAGGCCUACUGUGCCUAGGAAGUUUGACAAGGACAGGGAUUAUAGCUUAAACAGAAUGGGAAGACAUCUUUCUAGCCUGGGCCUGGAUCCUUCGGCAGCAAUAGAGAGAGCUCGAAGUAGAUCAGUGUCUCGUCAAGGUCGCAAGCGGGACAGGUCCAUUGCAGUGGAGGAAAAUGCUGAUGCCAUGGAUAUUGAUCAGCCAAACAAGAAGCAGCGUCUGUUAUCACGCUCGAGAUCCAGGUCUAGGCCUCCUGGCGAAGUUGUUCCAGGUGAUGGUUACAAGGACUCAGCUCAGAAAUUGAAAGCUAUAAAACUUGGCAAGAAGGCAUCAAAGAAGAGAAACAAGGAUGCCCGCAAGGGAGAGGCCGAUAGAGUGAUAGUGAACCUGAAACCAAAGCAUUUGUUUUCUGGCAAGCGAUCUAUUGGAAAAACAGAUAGACGUUAAAAAUUCAAAGGUUUUCUUCUUUAGAAAGUUGUAUUUGUUGUUAUCGGCUGUUGGAUCGAGAUGCCAACUUACAGUAAAUGCAGGAUAUGGUUUAACUGAUACUACUUGAGUAAAUAUUAUUAAUUUAUUAUUUUUGCUCA